GAGCAUUCCUAAUACCCUAUCUGAUAUCUCUUAUAUUUUGUGGUGCACCACUUUUCAUACUCGAGACAACAUGGGGUCAGCUACUGAGUGUUGGUGGACUUGGAAUGUUCAAAAUUUGUCCAAUUUUCAAAGGUGUUGGAAUAGCAGCUGCAGUGAUGGCAUUUUGGCUUAACAUUUAUUACAUUGUAGUCCUAAGUUGGGCAAUGUGCUACCUAUGGGAAUCAAUUCGACUGGAUGGAAAUGUUCCAUGGCGAAAUUGUGAUCAUCAAUGGAACACUCCUCGAUGUCGCAGUGAAUAUGAACCACUAACUUGUGAUAAAAACAGAACAAUUGCGCAAUAUUUCAAUGUGCAGGUAUUAACAAAUGAUCAUUUGAACGAAUAUCGUAAACAAUUCUUCGUUGGUCCAAAAUCAAAUUGGACCAUUUGUAGUAGUGAUGAUUUGGAUGUACAAUCACCUGUUAAAGAAUACUGGAAUUAUCAAGUACUUGGCAUAAGUUCUGGAAUCGAGGAACCGGGAGGAUUACGUUGGGAUCUCGCUUUAUUUUUACUAAUUGCUUGGACAAUAUGCUAUCUGUGUAUUUUUAAAGGUGUUCGAUGGACUGGAAAGAUCGUUUAUCUCACUGCAUCAUUUCCAUAUCUAAUGCUUGUUUGUUUGCUGAUACGUGGACUAACAUUACCAGGCGCAAGUUUGGGACUUGAAUUCUAUCUGAAACCAAAUUUUGAAAAGCUUCUAGAGAGUAAAGUAUGGGUGGACGCUGUCACACAAGUUUUCUUUUCAUAUGGCCUCGGCCUAGGCGCUCUUGUUGCACUUGGCAGUUACAAUUCGUAUCAUAACAACAUUUACAGGCAAGCAUUAACAAUAUGCUUUGUAAACAGUGCUACAAGCGUUUUUGCUGGCUUCGUUAUCUUUUCAUUCAUUGGCUUUAUGGCUGUUGAACAAGGCAAACCCGUUGAUGAGGCAAAUAAUCAAAUCUUAAUUAAUUUGUCAAAUUUAGUUGCACAAUCUGGUCCAGGUCUCCUUUUUUUGGCUUAUCCAUCCGGAAUCCUACAAUUACCAUAUACAAAUGUUUGGUCAAUUCUCUUCUUUACAAUGGUUUUAUUCUUGGGUAUUGACUCACAAGCAACAGUCAUUGAUGAAUUUCCGCAUCUGAUACAGAGCAGAAAGUACGGUCGUGAAUUCUUUGUACUCGGAGUAUGCAUUAUAAGCUACUUAUGUGGCUUGAGUACUGUUACAAAAGGUGGUUUUUACGUAUUCCAAUUGUUUGAUUUUUAUGCAGCAUCCGGUUGGGCACUUUUGUGGCUUCUGUUUUUUGAAUGUAUCGCCAUUUCUUGGUCUGUUGGCAUCGAUCAGUGGUAUGAGCAUAUAAAAUCAAUGGUUGGUUAUUAUCCGAGUCGAUGGUGGAAAUUUUGUUGGGUUUUUGCAACUCCCAUUGUAUGUAUGAGUGUAAUGGUUUUUGGAUUAGCCAAAUACCAACCAUUGCGGAUCGAUGCAUACAAUUAUGAUUACCCAUUAUGGGGUCAUAUAUUUGGAUGGUUUCUUUCUCUUUCAUCCAUGCUUUGCAUUCCAAUUUACGGAGUCUAUUUAUGGAUUAUCAGCAAUGGAACUACUUCGCAAAGAUUUGAAAAACUAUUUCGACCAAAAAUACAAAUUGAAUUAGAUGGUAAUGUUGGACAAGAACUAAGGGAACGUGAAGAAUGA